AUGCAGGCACCACCCCUACCACGCAGGCCGGGGCCUCUGCCGGCGACCCAGCCUCCGCCCCGCAUCCCUGCACGUCCGGCCCUGGCUCCGGGCUAUCCGCCUCCCGCCGGCCAGCCCUAUCCUCCCUCCUACGGCCCCGCACCACCGGUCGUCCACAGUGGCCAGCAGCCCUACCACCACCCUGGGCAGCUGCCGAGGGCAGGCUCUGCCCCGCCGGCGCGUCCACCACCACCGACCGCGGCCCCGACGCCGGCGUUGCCGCCGCGACCAGUCACCCAAGCCCCGGCCGCGCCUGCAGUGCCCAAUCGACCCAACACCUACGCAGGCCAACCAUCAGCGACCACUCCCUACCACCUUCAUACACCGCCGCCCAUGCCCUCGUCUUCUUCGUCGUCUUCGUCUACGCGGCCGUACAUCAUGUCGACUGUGGCGACCACCAACACGACGGCGGACGACGAUUCGAUCACGGACCUGCUGAAGGAGACGUCGAGGGACUACCUGAAGGGCAUCGGCCAGGGCGUGAGCGCGCUGCUGAAGACCGACGGCGACGGCGACGGCGACGACCCGGCAGCGCUUACGGAGGAGCAGCGGCGGCUGGAGCGCGAGCGCGAGAAGGAGCACCAGCGCAGGGAGGACGAGUACAUCGCCCAGCAGAAGAGGCGCGUCCUGGAGGAAGAGGAACAGCGACGACGAAGGACGGCCACACCCGGCGGCGCUGCGCCCCAUCAAACCGCAUCGCCCGCCUCGCACCAGAUGACCUUCACCUUGACCAGCAGCCUGAAGAAGGAGUACGUGGGGAAGGCCUACACGGUGUAUGCAAUCGAGGUGGUGUGGAACGGUGUGAGUUGGACGGUGUACCGGCGGUACAAGCAGUUCAACGACUUCAGCUCCCAGGCGAAGAAGGCGUCGUUCACCUUUGCCUACGCGCUGCCGGGGAAGAAGAUCCAGGGCAACCUCAAGGACCACUUCGUCGAACAGCGCCAGAGAGAGCUGCAGAAGUACGUGCAGGCGGUGAACGAGAAGGCGCCAGCGAUGAUGUCCAACAAGAAGGCUCGCGUGGCCCUCCUCCGCUUCUUUGCCCCGACACAGGUGGGCGACAAGGCCAGCGGCGGCGGCCUCCCCUUCGACCUCUCCGACCUUGUGUGA